AUGGAGUCACCAGCAUGGAUGUUCACGAAGGCAUUAUCACACAAACAAAAAGUUUGUCGACUUUACAAAAGAGCUCUUCGUGAAGUGGAUAAUUGGUUUGGUGGUGACAUUUUGGAAGUUCGUUAUCACAAAGUUAUUAUGCGAGCACGUUUUGAUGCUAAUAAAGAUGAAAAAGAUCCACGUAAAGCUCAAUUUCUUUUAGCCGAUGGUUGUUUUCAGCUAUGGGAGAAGAGGCAUUUCAAGCCUUUUAGAUUCUCACUGGAUCCACUUGGCAGUGCGUACGAUCGAACAAAGGAACCACCAGAUAGUGUAAGUUUUCUUCUCAUAACAUCAAAUUCAAGUCAAGAGCAGUGUGGCUUUUUGUUUAUUUUGGACAAUGAUUCAUAUACACUGGCUGAAAGAGAACAAUUUCCUUAUUACUUCAACAAACGCGAGCAACGCAAAAGAGAAUUGCUUGCCCAUUGGGAAAGAAUUGAAAAAGAUUGGGAUGAUCAGUUGGCUUCAAUUCAGACCGAAUUGCCUAAGAAGACAAAAAUUGUUCAAUAA